AUGAUUGCGAGCAGUAAUGUUAUCCUUAUGCCACUGUUGCAAGUAUUGACAGUACAACACGGCUUUCCACAUAGAGCAUCAGCACUAGCAUGGGACCCGCUACUCAGGCUUUCGGCUAUCGGCACAGCCACCGGCGCCCUAAAGGUCUAUGGCCGACCUGGGGUCGAACUGUAUGGACAACACACAAACCCAGACGCGGCGGUCACGCAAAUACAUUUUAUACCCGGCACCGGCCGUUUAAUAUCACUAUGCGACGACAACAGUCUACACCUAUGGGAAAUAAAUGAGAAGUCACUAGUGGAAUUAAAGAGUCAUGCCUUCGAAGGCAAGAACAAGAAAAUAUCAGCGAUGUGUAUGGAGUCGUCGGGCAAGAAUUUGUUACUUGGUACUGAAGGAGGAAACAUUUACACCCUUGAUGCAAGCAGUUUCAGUAUGAGCGAAGACGUCAUUUAUCAAGAUGUUGUUAUGCAGAACUGUCCAGAAGACUUCAAAGUAAAUCCUGGUGCCGUGGAAUCAGUUUGUGAACAUCCAAAAAUUACAACCAAAAUCUUGAUUGGAUACAACAGGGGCUUGGUCGUUCUAUGGGAUAGACAAACAUCCACACCUACACACACCUUUGUAUCCAAUCAACAGUUGGAGAGCUUGUGUUGGAAUGACGAAGGCGAGCACUUCACGUCGUCCCAUAACGAUGGUUCGUACGUGACGUGGGAGGUUGCGGGCGCAUCCAGCGAUCGACCGCUCAAAGAGCCCGUGACUCCGUACGGGCCUUACCCUUGCAAGGCCAUUACGAAGAUACUCAAUAGGAAUAGUGUUCAUGGGGACGAGAUCAUUAUAUAUGCAGGUGGUAUGCCCCGAGCAUCGUAUUCAGAUAAAUACACUGUGACAGUACAACAAGGCGAGAAACAUGUCGCAUUUGACUUUACAAGUCGGGUCAUUGACUUCUUCACAACCACCUCGGUACCACCAGAUGGAACACCCUUGCAAGAAGAUCGUCCACAGACUCCCACGCAGAUUCAAGUGCAAUCUGUAAAUCAAGUUGCCGCUGCCUUGGUGGUCCUAGUAGAAGAAGAAUUAGUGGUGAUAGAUCUAUGCGAUGCAAAAUGGCGGCCUUUGCGCCUGCCCUACCUCGUGUCCAUACACGCCAGUGCUAUCACUACCGCGUACCUUGUGGACAAUGUGGCUGAUACAGUUUACGAUAAUAUUGUGGCUGCCGGUGAGAAGCAAAUCGAGGAUGUAUACUCGGACAGUCCUUGGCCCAUAUCCGGUGGUGACGUGGAGCCAAGCGAAUCGGCCGAUCGUCAAAUCCUCCUAACUGGCCACGAAGAUGGCUCCAUCCGCUUCUGGGAUGUUAGCAGCGUGGUUAUGACGCCCUUGUACAAAUAUACCACUUCGCAUCUCUUUAGUGGUGAAGAAAUCGGCGAGAAUAAUGACAGUCAAAACGAAGAGGAAGAAUGGCCUCCCUUCAGACGCGUCGGUACUUUCGACCCCUACAGCGAUGACCCGCGACUCGCAGUCAAACGGGUCAUACUUUGCCCAUUAUCCGGUAUGCUGACAAUUGGUGGCGCAGCGGGACAUAUAGUUAUGGCUAGUUUGAAAAAUAAUCCUUCCACCGCUGAAGUUAAGUCAUUAUCUGUGAACAUAGUGUCAGAUCGGGAUGGCUUUGUAUGGAAGGGACACGAUCAACUCACAUUACGUUCGGGUGCGCUUUCUUUCCCUCAAGGAUAUCAGGCAAGUGCUGUGGCCCAAAUAUCUCCCCCAGCGGCCAUAACAUCGUUGGCUGCGCAUUGGGAGUGGGGCGUGGUUUGUGCGGGCACCGCCCACGGUCUCGCCCUUAUCGAUGCGUUUACCUCUACGCCUCUAAUACACAAGUGCACGCUAAAUCCACAUGACCACUCUGGAGCGGGUGAUACGCCUAUAUCUAGAAGAAAAUCCUUCAAGAAAUCGUUGAGGGAAUCGUUUAGAAGACUUCGGAAAGGACGUUCACAAAGACGGCAGACGACUGCAGCUAGUCCCACAUCGCCGGCACAGCCCGCCAAAAAGGUUGUUGAAAAAAUAGCAGAGAACGACGAGGCAGUGAAGCCCAUUGAGCGUGCCGUUGAAGCCAGGUCUAAUGAUGACGCUUUUGGCUCUAUGGUCCGAUGUCUCUACUUCGCACGCACUUUCCUUAUUAACACCCAACAUUCAGUACCAACACUAUGGGCGGGCACGAACAACGGGACCGUAUACGCGUUCACUAUUAACGUACCCGGAGCGAAUAAACGGAAAGAAGAUCCAGUAACAUGUCAACUAGCGAAAGAAAUACAAUUAAAACAUAGAGCGCCCGUGAUAAGUAUCACAGUACUUGAUGGUGCGAGUGUACCUUUACCGGACCCGUUAGAAGUCGAAAGAGGUGUGGCCCCACUGCCCGAAAGCGGAACCCACCGAGUGCUGAUCGUCUCUGAAGAGCAGUUCAAAGUAUUCACGUUGCCCUCACUCAAGCCUCACAACAAAUACAAGCUCACAGCGCAUGAAGGGGCACGGGUCCGACGUACAUCAUUCGCUUGGUUUGAAUGCGCAAGCGGUUCCGAAAGACAUCGCGAGUGGUGCCUGAUGUGCCUCACCAAUUUGGGAGAUUGUCUGCUCCUCGCCACCGAUCUGAGGAGACAAGUUAACGCUGCCGCCGUCAGGAAGGAGGAUAUCAAUGGUAUUUCAACCUUAUGUUUCUCAAAACGUGGCGAAGCUCUCUAUUUGCAUUCAUCGUCUGAACUUCAGAGAAUAACAUUGUCAGCUACUAAGGUGACGAUAGCACAAUGCCACGUGGCCCUUUCACCUUGGGCUUUAGCGUUAAAAAGUGCGGCCGAAGAGACCCCACUCACUAAUGGAGAACACAAGGAAGAAGCAGCAGAAACGGCUCACGACGUGACGGCAGCUUCAGCCGACAUCACUGUUGACUCAGUGAGGGACCACACCCAACCCACCUCCGACGUACCACCGGAACUGAAUAUUAAUUUGCAGAAUUCGCAAGUGAACACAAGUUCCAUGGUGGUUAAGACGACGACUCGGACGACUGUCAACGAAAACAAUGUUGAUGGCGCCACCACCACCACUAACACCACUUCAGAAAACAUCCUAGAGCACAAUCGCGAGGAAGGAGUCAUCACGCGCAUUGAGACGGGAACCGUGACGGUCCCAGCCGGAACAGACCCGAAGCUGAUCCUCGAAAUGUUUGACCGGCAAAGGUCCCCACUAGCCGUGCCAGUUCCGCCCGCCGCUACGCCCACCGAAUCCUAA